AUGGGAACGCUCACGUGUAAUGAGCCCGUGAAGGGAGGGGCGCAGACAAACGUUUUCUUCAUAUGUUUCCAACUGUCAGGAUCCACUGAAAAAGACCUCGCAGCAAUGGCGGAGGCUCAUCAGGCAGUAGCAUUCCAGUUCACAAUCACACCAGAGGGUAUUGAUCUGCAGCUGUCCUAUCAGGCCCUGAACCAGAUCUACCUGUCCGGAGUCCGAUCCUGGAAGAAGCGAGUCAGCCGCAUGAAGAACAGAGUGAUAAAGGGAGUCUAUCCUGCUAGCCUUUCCUCAUGGCUCUUUGUUGCCAUAGGGAUCCUGGCUACCAUGUAUAUGCAGUCAGAUCCCAGCAUGGGGCUCAUCGCAAAGAUACAGCAGCAUCUUCCAUUAAGUCUCCAUGUUUUACUCAGCAUUCAGGGUCAAACCAUGUUGUCAGCCCUGGUCUUCAGCACUCUGCUGUGGCUCUCCCUCAUCCUCGCCCUCCGCUUCUGCCUAAAGCUGCUGCUCUCCUAUCACCACUGGAUGUUCGAGCAGCAUGGGAGAGUUUCCAACACCACCAAAGUCUGGGUGACUCUGAUGAGGUUAUUUUCAAGAAAUAAGCCUUUGCUCUACAGCUACCAAACCUCCCUUCCUCACCUUCCUGUUCCUGCCAUACAGGACACACUGAACAGGUAUCUGGAGUCAGUGCACCCUCUGCUGUCGGAUUCAGAAUUUCAGCUGAAGACAAACUUGGCCAAAGGCUUUGAGUUGUCCCUGGGACACCGGCUCCAGCGCUACCUCAAACUUAAAGCUCUGUGGGCCACCAACUAUGUAAGCGACUGGUGGGAGGAAUACGUCUACUUGAGAAGUCGAGGGCCGAUAAUGGUCAACAGCAAUUACUAUGGCAUGGACUUUCUGUAUGUGACGCCAACAUCAGUGCAGGCAGCCCGAGCAGGAAACACCAUCACUGCUCUCAUGCUCUACCGACGCAAAAUAAACCGAGAGGAGCUCACACCGAGUCGUGUUCCAGGUACUGUGAUCCCUCUGUGUGCAGCUCAGUGUGAAAGGAUGUUCAACACAAUUCGAACACCAGGAGUUGAGACUGAUGAGCUCAGGCACUGGCAGGACAGUGAGUUUGUGGCGAUAUACCAUAAGGGACGAUAUUUCCGAUUGUGGGUGUACCGGGCGGGUCGGCUGCUCUCUCCCAGAGAGAUCGAAUAUCAGAUCCAGAGAAUCCUGGACGACCCUUCACCACCGUUUCCUGGAGAGGAAAAACUGGGAGCUCUAACUGCAGGAGAACGGAUCCCCUGGGCUCAGAUGCGCCAGCAGUUCUUUAGCUCUGGUGUUAAUAAAAAGUCUCUUGAUGCCAUUGAGAAGGCGGCGUUCUUCAUAACGCUUGACGAUGAAGAGCAGGGAAUGAAAGGAGAUGACCCGGCAGGAAACCUGGAUCGCUAUGCUAAGUCUUUGCUCCAUGGCAAAUGUUACGACAGGUGGUUUGAUAAAUCUUUCUCCAUUGUGAUCUACAAAAAUGGGAAGAACGGCCUGAAUGCAGAGCACUCCUGGGCUGAUGCACCGACAGUGGCUCAUCUUUGGGAGUACACUCUCGCUACAGACGCCUUUCAGCUGGGUUACACUGAGGAUGGACACUGUAAGGGAGAAGUGGAGCUCUCGCUGCCUCCGCCUCAAAGGCUUGUGUGGGAAAUCUCUCCAGAGGUUCAGGCUCAAGUCUGCAGCUCUCUGGCUGUCGCCCAGGCUUUGGCAGAUGAUGUGGACUGCCAUGUCUUUCCCUUUAGGGAUUUUGGAAAAGGUUGCAUCAAGAAGUGCAAGAUCAGCCCCGAUGCCUUCAUACAGAUAAGCUUACAGCUGGCCUACUACCGGGACCGAGGUGGUUUCUGCCUGACAUACGAGGCAUCAAUGACUCGUCUGUUCAGGGAGGGUCGAACAGAAACCGUCAGAUCCUGCUCCAAAGAAAGCUGUGAUUUUGUCAAAGCUCUGGAAGGUGGAAAAACAGAGGAGGAGUGCAGGCGUCUUUUCCGACAGGCUUCAGAAAAGCAUCAGAACCUUUAUCGAAUGGCCAUGACUGGAGCUGGGAUAGAUAGACACCUUUUCUGCCUCUAUGUGGUUUCCAAAUACUUAGGAGUAGAUUCCCCUUUUCUGCAUGAGGUUCUGUCUGAGCCUUGGCGCCUCUCCACCAGUCAGACCCCCGUUCAGCAGCUGGAGCUGUUUGACCUGAAGAACCACCCGGAUUACAUAUCACUUGGUGGAGGAUUUGGACCUGUUGCAGAUGACGGUUAUGGGGUUUCAUACAUCAUUGUUGGAGAGGACCUUAUAAACUUCCAUGUGUCAUCAAAGCACUCCUGCAGUGAGACUGACUCCCACAAGUUUGGAGCUCAGAUACAAAAAGCUCUUCAAGACAUAAUGGCCCUGCUAUCGAACGAUGCAAAAACCUCGCCUUCCUCCAAAGUCACCAACCAGCCGCAGUUCAAGAAGCUCCGCUGAGUACAGCUGGACAGAAUACACAGAUAUAAGCCUUUAGAACCAGCCAGCCUGUGAUAGGAGAGGAUCAGUUAAUAUUAGGCCAGGUAUGACAUUCCUAUUAUAAAGAAAUAAUUCCACAGAUAUUAGGUUUUACAAGGUCUUAUUUUAGACUAAAUAUUCAAAGUUGUGGCAAAUAUGUAUUUCAGCUUGGAAUAAUAUUUUUAAUCAUAAUAUGUAAGGGGUUAUGUUUUUUUUUUGUAAAGCACUGAAAGAACAAACAACAGUGAGCCAGCAGACUGUAAGCACAUGUCCAUAAGACCUACUACAUACAGAGUUGUUAGACUAAUACUGCUAAGUAAUAGCAAAAGUUCUCUGUUUCCUUUAAAUCUAACAAGCUAAUGUUAGCUCUUGGAUUAGCCAUGCUAACUGCUCAAGAGUCUUGCAAUUUCUGUUUUUAACUCUGAUGCAGCUGAAGCCACAGGAUGAUGUGAUGACUUUCAUUAGAUCUUAGAUGUGGCCCAUCUCUGAUCCAGAGUCAGAGGAACAAAGAUUAGUUUCUUCAGGGAACAAUCAAAGUGAGAAAGCAGCCACAAGCACUAUUCUUACUUCUUCAGAGGAUGAAUUUAAUCAGGGAAAAAUAUACUCACCUUCCAGCUUUUUAGAUAUGCCUUGCUUGUUCAUACUUAGACCCUUCUACUUUCCAAAGUGUUUUAAAUCUUCACAGCACAGAUUCAACAUCUCAAAAAUAUUUUUGCUGACAUUUUGGUCCAUAUUUGACGUGAUAACAUUACAUAGUGACCGCAAAGUUUUCAGCUGCACAUCUGAAAUAUUAAUCUCACAAACCACCACAUCCCAUAGGUGCAUUGUCAGCGACAAUAGGUAGGCUGUGGUGUUUAAACCAAAAGUGUAGCAAGAAAUGAUCCCCCACACCAUUAUACCACCGCCACCACGGGCCGGAACCUUCGUUGUUUAGCCCAUAUGCUGACCCAGUCAUCUUAAUGUUUUAACUUAAACGUCAGGCACUAGGCUGGACAAUGACCAAUUUUUAUCUUGACACAAUACAGAGCCAGUAGGGUAAAUGAGGUAAAAUCUCCAAAGCUCACUGCGAGACGGGCAUCUUAGUGUCACCUAGUUUUACCAGGUUUGGUUAGAUGAGACUAAGAGUGAGACUUUCAGCAACACACACUGCUGGAGGGGUUGACUUAAAACAAAAUAUGAAUAUGAAAAAAAACCUCAUUCCCACUGUUAAGUACGCUGGAGGAUCUGUGAUGCUGUGGGCUUGUUUCUAUUUUAAAGGCUCUGGGAAACCGGUUUGAGUACAUGGCAUAAUAAACCCUUUGAAAUAUCUGGAGAUUUUCAAACAAAUGUCUGAUGGAUCCUGCCAAUAAACUGGUCUUCAUUGGGUCUUAAAGCUUGAUCCAAAACAUAUGCCAGAAUCAACAUUCAUAAAGAAACCAAAGCAUAUUUGUUUUAAAAUGUCUUGUGCAUAAAAAUGGAAUGACAAAGGGAAUACGUUUUUAACAAAUUUACUAAAAUCUAAUAAAAACCUCCUGGAUGGAGUGACACGUAUUGCUCAGGUUGGAAUUUUGGCCAUGUUUUCCUACAGCGACUGCCUGCAAAUUUUGAAGGUUCUGGGGUCCUUUCUGUUCACUCCUGUCUUCUGUUGUUUCUAUAGAUUUUCACUUAGAAACAAUUCCGGUGAUUGGCUGGGGCAUUCUUGUAGUUUUACAGUCUCAUCUUCAGAUUCGUUGAAAACAUGUCCCUGUACAUGUCUCCAUUCAUCCUUCCUCCAAUUAUAUGAAGUCUGCCAGUACCAUCUGCUGUAAAAGAGCCCAAACCAUUAUGUUCCCACCUGUAAGCCUCACUUGACCCAUGGUGUUUAGGGGUGAAGUGCAGAACCUCUAUACAUGGAUAUAUGCAGUGACAUCCAAAGUGCUCAGCUUUGGCCUCAUUUGACCAGACAAUAUUCUCCCAGUAUUUCACUGGCUUGUUUAAAUCAUCGGCAGCUGUAAAUAAGCGUCAUCAUGCUUCUUCAGCAGGAAGGGUGGACUGAGGCCAUUGCAUUUGAAAGCAUUACUGUUUUGUGCCUGGUCUUUCUGAAGCUCUUUGCCAGUGUUCCAUAGCUUUUGAACAAUUAUUCUGUUUACUCCUCUGGUAGAAAUCUUAUGUCAGGCUGGCUUAUGGAGACAUUUUGUUCAUUCUGCCUUCAGAUUACUGCCCCCCAACAGCAUUCACUGAAAUAUUCAGAAGUUUAGUAACACUGUUAUAACAUUGCCAUUAGUAUGUUGUGCAGCAUGAAGACUUUUUUGUGAAAGGUUCUUGCCUACUAUGUCGUCAUACUACUGUGUGCAGUACUUUGGUGAUGAAAGACCUCUUUAUAUGCCCACAGUUAAUGUUAACCAUCUGAGAUGGAUUUGAAAAAGUCUGCUUUCUAAUUAGUCACAUAUUUAAUAUGGUUUCAUGGCAUUCUCUGCCUUUCUUAAAUGUCUUUCUUCCUGUGUUCCAAACUCUUUUACCCAUAAUUUGUCAACUAAUUUGCUUGGAAGUCAUUUUAUGUGUGGGUGACUUGAGUUCUGGUGUUCUUCUAAUGUAAGCUUUCUCAUUGGCCUCAUUCUAAAUAUUCAAACCAUAUUAAUGUGGAUGAUAAAAAACAGAUGGUGUUUGAGUAUGUUACAGUUUAUACAGAACUGUUUACAGGAUAGAGGCUAGCAAGAAGGAAGAGGAAAAUACUUUUUACUGUUUUGUUAGUGAUUUGUAAUAUAAAGAUGUAGAUAUAUCAUUAAUUAGUCUUGUAGUAGUAGAUCAUUUUUAUUGCUUUCUCAUUUAUUGGUUUGGGGUUUGUUUAAUUCUUUAGAGUGAAAGCCAUGUGCGCAGCAUAAAUGAAUUCACUGUGUUCUAUGUUUACAAAUUAAAUGACAUGACCAUCCCUCAUCCCCCCAGCUCCGGCUCAGCCCCACAGCCUUACAGUGCAGUAGUUGUUUUAAUUCAGUUACGGGAAGGAAGUUAGAAAGUAUGUCAUUUGGGUGAGCCAUAUAGCCUCUGACUAACAUAUCCUUUAACAUAAGCUAAUGUAAAUAAAAAUGUAGCCAAGAAUCUCACUGGCUAAAAACCUGCUGGCUGCUGAAAGAAACCCUUGUGCCUGUAUUUUAAAUCUGCUCCACUCAACAGUAUCAAUGCAAAUAUUUGAGUCAAUGCAAAGCCAGUGGGAAAGUUCUUAAACCACAGUAAAAUGCUCUUGUUUUAUUAAGACCUUGUAACAUGUUGGCCUGUUUGCUGCUAUUUGUACAGUCAGUGUGUUGUUUUAGUCUCCUACUAAGGUAAUCAUUUAAGUAGUCUAAAACUUCAGCUUCAACACAUUGCUCUUUAAUAGCUCUUUACCUAACCCUGAGGAACCCCACCAGGGACCAUUGGUGGUUAGUUUUCUUUACCACCAUUCUUUUACACUUACCACAACUGCAGCUGUGCUUGCUCAGCUCAACUGAACAUUAAGAAAUCGGAGGCAGUAUGAUUGAAUACCUAAGAACAUAAAAGUAAGCUUGUUUAUAAACAAAAUGACUUUUCCCUACUUUGCCUUCAACACAUGACUUAAAUACAUGAUGAAAUAUUACAAGAAAACUAAGAGCUUGACAUAAUGAUGGCACGUCAAUUGUAACUUUGUUUUUGCAGUUUCAGUCUGACACCUCCAGAUCUUUAACAGACAAAGAAACGUGUACAUCCCACAUAUUCCAGCAUAUUUUUUGUAAAGUAAUAUAUUCAUAGUGCAUAAAACACAAUAGUUUUGUGUUUUCUAACAACUGACUGAGGUAUGUUAUGUUUAGUUUUUUUGUGUGGCCUUGGAAAAGCAUUUGUUGACUUUGCUGCGAUUGGUUCAUGUUAUUACAAUUUUUGUGUUAGUAAUUUUUUUAUUUCUAAAACAUAAAUUUUGUAAUAGUUUUUCAUUUGUGUUAAAAUAAAUUGUUUACCAAACCAA